UUGAGACUUGAGAGUUGAGAGUUGAGAGUUGAGAGUUGAGAGAGUAUGCACAUUCCUAAAUAGAGUAAUUCUCUUUCCUCCUCCCUCCAUCAUAUUCUCAUCUUCUUUCAGUUUCAAACAAUAGAAGCUACUUAAUCCAUCCAGUUUUUAGUUUUUGUUUGUAGCUGGCUCAAGAAAUGCCCUCAUCAAAAGGGCCAAAAAUCUUCCACAAUCGGUCAUCAUCUUCCUCAUUCCCCUAUCCUCGAAAACCAACUGCCCAGAUCUUCUGCCUUGUUCUUGGAAUCACUGCUUUAAUCUUGGGUUUAUUCGCAAUUUCAAGGUCACUUCUUCAUUAUAAUUGCAAAUCAUUCCAACCCACAACUGUUUCUGUGGUGUGGGAAAACAAUGCUAAUGCUAAUGCUAAUGCUAAUGCUAAUGGUGCUCAAAUUUCACAAAGUAAGGAUGUGAAAAACAGGCAUAAAGUUAUGGGUUUUGUUGGCAUUUUUACUGGCUUUGGAUCUGUUGGUCGUCGUCGUUCUUUGCGCCAGACUUGGUUGCCGUCUGAUCGUGAUGGACUUCAACGACUGGAAGAAGCCACUGGACUAGCUUUCAGGUUUAUCAUAGGCAGGACAAGUGCUGAGUGGAAGAUGUCAGUGCUUAGGAAAGAGGUUGCCAAGCAUGAUGACUUUAUUCUGUUAGAUAUAGUGGAAGAGUACAGAAAGCUCCCCUACAAAACGUUUGCAUUCUUCAAAGCUGCAUAUGCUCUGUUUGAUUCUGAGUUCUAUGUUAAAGCAGAUGAUGACAUUUAUCUGAGACCAGAUCGUCUUUCGCUUCUCCUGGCAAAACAGCGCCCUGAUCCUCAAACUUACAUAGGAUGCAUGAAAAAGGGACCAGUCUUCACCAAUCCGAAGCUUAAAUGGUAUGAGCCCAUGUCCUAUCUGCUCGGCUCAGAGUACUUUCUCCAUGCCUAUGGUCCAAUAUAUGCUCUGUCAGCCAAAGUUGUCAGUAGCCUGGUUGUCCUCAGAAAUGACAGUUUUCGAAUGUUUAGCAAUGAGGAUGUCACGAUCGGCGCAUGGAUGCUCGCAAUGAAUGUCAAUCAUGAGAACACUCUUGAAUUGUGCUCAAGAGAGUGUACGUCAACAUCCAUUGCUGUUUGGGACAUACCUAGAUGUUCAGGGCUUUGUAAUCCUGAAACAAGAUUGCUGGAGCUACAUAAACUGGAAGAAUGCUCAGGGACCGGUACAGUCAGUGAAUAGCAUUGCUGUUCGCAUCUCAAAUCUGUUCAUAAUUUCAUAUGGAGGUGCUUUGCAAUCACCUGUUAUUUGUAAUCAUAACAUACAUAUCCAUUGGCGAUUCCAUCUUUUCUAAUAUUUGUUUUUUGUUUUCUUUACGGCUAGUCCUCCAAAAAUUUUCCUCUUGGUAAAUUUUAGUUAGAUUGGUUAAGCACAGGCAUGCACUAGCAUACAAACUGGAGAGAUGUAGAUUUUUGUGAAUUAGCAGAUUGGUUAAUACUACAUUGAUGAGAUUAGAAGAAUGA